GUGUGUGAGUGAGUGAGUGCGUGCCUCUGCCUCUGCCUCUCUGGUGGUAGGAAAAAGCGUAGUUUCGCCACUCAGCAGCUCUCAGCUCGCCAUCGUCUGUCCUCGUAAGCAAUCUUUUAUCACAGUUACCAGAUGAAUUUCGUGAUCAGUCUGUGAUUUGAGCUGCAAAUGAGGUAGAAGAAGCUCUUCUCUGAGUUCCGAUGGUAUUCAAUCAGCAUACAUGGAGGCUAACGAAUUUGAGCUUUAUAAGCAUUUGUUCGUCUAAGCCACUUCGAUUUGAGGUGUGCCUCUACUCAUCAAUUUCACGGCGUUGAUUUUAAAUUGAGCUUCUGACUUCAUCUUGUUCUCUUUUAGUCUUGAAUACUUGUACUUGAUUCUCCACUAUAUUAUAUUUGAAAUUAUGGAGAAUUCAAUUAAGAAGGUCCAGAGCUUGACUAUCUCCGUUUGUUCCUGCCAGCGUUAGCUUCUUUGAUCAUACAUCGCUUGUUACAUCGACUUCGUGUAUCUGGUUCCCGGGAAAAGAGUAGAAAAGAUGGUCUGUUCGUUAUCAACUUCGGCUGGGCCACCAAUUAAACGAAGGGCUGGUUUGUGGAGAGUACAGGCGGGACGAGGAUCAUACCGUGGAAGUUAGGUCUAUAGUGGAUAAUUUUGGCUGAAUUAAACCUUUAUUUACUACUGGAACGUUUUAGAUUUCUUCACAAGUUAACUGAUGGGGACUACUCCUCUGAGGCAGUUCCUGCAGAGUGUUUGCUGCAAUUCUCCUUGGAAUUAUGCAGUAUUUUGGAAGCUUCAGCUCCAGAACCAAAUGGUUUUGACAUGGGAAGAUGGAUACUGCAACAUCCAGAGGUUGAGAGAUUCCAUGGAAAGUAUAUUAGACGAUCUCUGCCUAAAAGGCUCAGAUGAGUUGUCUUCAAAUUUUGAAUGCAGUACACUCGAUGGCAAUAAUCCAACUGGACUAGCUGUGGCUGAGAUGUCAAGUGUUCAUUAUGCAUUGGGAGACGGGAUUGUUGGCGAGGUGGCAUAUACAGGGAACCAUCGCUGGAUUUUAUCUGAUAAUAUAUCAGGCGGUGCAUUAUUUCCCAAGUGUCCAGAUGAAUGGCUGCUUCAGUUUGUGGCCGGUAUCAAGACUAUUUUGCUGGUAUCUGUUGUUCCAGAUGGAGUUCUUCAACUGGGCUCAUUUAAUAUGGUUGCUGAAGAUCUGGCUCUGGUUACUUGUCUAGUAAAUAAAUUUAAAGACAUUCAAACUGUGAGGUAUUCUGCACCUUUCACCUCAAAAAGGAAAUUUCCAGUUCAGACAUCCUUAUUACCGAUGUCUACCCUCACGGAGAACUUUGAUGAGUCAUCUGCCAUGAGAAUGAAUGGAAUAAAGUCUGGAGAUUCAAAUUCUGUUGACGGUAUCAAAUCAACAAUGCGGCUGUUGACUACAGAUCAACUGAUGCCUUCGUGCAUGAUUCAAGAUUCUUGUAACAUGUUUGAAAAAUAUUUGCCUAAUAUUCUUGAAGGUGCUACUGAAAAUGAUAGCAAUGUGCAAUCAACGAGUCUGAUUGAAGUGGAAGAGCUACUCAAUCAAUCCCUUUAUGAUGAAAAUGAAGAGAUGACAGAUGUUAACAUGUUUAAGUUUUCUUUUCUGGAAGAAGAAUUACAGGACAUUUCUUGCACUAACAUGUACAAUUCAGGGUCUUUGGGGACUAUUCCAAUGAAAUGA